UGUAGCCAUGAUAUUUCUUUAUAAACGGACUUUCACCUUUCUCCAAUAAAUAGGUAAAGGUCCUUUUAUAGAGAAAAGUCUAAAAGUGUAAAAAGUGCGACAACUGAACAACUGAUGGAAAGAUGUCUUAAUAGAGCCGAAGUAGGGCUACAUUUGAGCAAAAGUGCCGCACAAUUAUUGGACGUCAAUAAAAUUUCACUGAAGUAUAGAUACGAGACGGAGGACCACACCAUCUCACCUCUCAUACAAAUCAAAUAUCGAUCGGAAUAUAACAUUCUUAUGGCUUUAUCCAACAUCCGAGCCUUCAUUUCUUGUGUCAACACCAGUCUAUUGCAGAGCUGGAGUUGA